CUUGUUCCCUGCUUUUUACGGCAGAUAGGAUGUGAUCAAUCAACACCGUACCAUUUACUAAAUCUCCCGAAUGAGCAUGCCGCUUAGCUUGAGCAUCGAUCCCACAUUGUGCAUGGUCAAAAAAUAGAGCAUCAUACAGACCGGUUCUGAUUGAUAACUCUUUCCAAGCAAACGGCUUUCUCAAGACCAUGGAUAGCAGCAUACCGGAACUUGUCGAAAGACUAGGAAGCGAUGAAGAUGGGGUACGCAAAAUGGCAGUUUUCAAGCUGCAAGGCAGCAUCGGUGAUCCUUCGUUCGCCGAUAUAUUCAUUGCAGAAGGUGGAUUGGCUAGGCUGCGUUAUCUAAUCUUACAUGCAACUGGAAACACACUGGCCUACAGCCUGACUAGCUUUGCAAGACUCCUGGAAGUGGACAAGGGCUGGGACUUUGUAGACCAGGAAGUGGUUGAAAGGGUUGUUGAGCUCAUCGUGACUCACCCCCUUGUCAACAUUCUCAGAGGUGCUAUGUCUAUACUUGUGUCUAUAGUGUCACAUCCGCACACGGAUGAUGAUGUCUCGCAGAGCAGAGGAUUUGGUUUCCGUGCGCUAAAGCCUGCGAUUGCCGUAUAUCCGCAAUUCCUGGAGAUGCUCGUUAGCAGAUUAUCCUCUGCAGAUCAUGCGCUUUGUGCCAAUGCAUUGCAACUGAUCAAUUCACUCAUGCGUGAAUCCAUCACGAACGAGGCGGAUCUGGAAUGGCCAAGAUUCAUUCAAAAGUUACAGGAUUUGGGCGUCAUACGCGCAGUAUACUCCCUGAUGCGGGGAACUGCCAUGCAGGACCAUAUUCAUCCAUUGAUCGAGUUCCAGUAUCUCACUAAAGUUCUUUUGAGGAAGUGGCGAGACAUUCCCCUGGAUCUAGAGCAGCCAGAACAUAGAAGAGCAUUAAAGGGGAUCUUUUUGGCUAGCUCUUUGGAACGGAGUCAUGACAAGGGUGCUGGAAGUGUUGAGGAUAUCCGUCGGUCCAAGCGCCAUCAUCCGGAAAAGUGGCGGCGACUUGGUUUCGAUUCUGAGAAUCCAGUGAUGCAGUUUGAGUGUACAGGCUUCCUGGGACUGAUGGAUCUGGCGGAUUAUGUCAGAAACAAUCAAGAUGAAUUUCAAAAGAUUAUCAUGGAGCAGUCAACUAGGCCGGUCGACCAACGGUGUCCAAUAGCUCGUGCUUCGUUGUCUGUUACCUCCAUCCUCUAUGACCAUUUUGAAGUGGACAAGUCAGAGAUGGAAGACGUGAAAACGUCCUUGCUAAUAGAUUCACGUUCGAACAUUGACAGUCUAUUCCAGCCUCUCCUAUUACACUGGACACGGUUACAUGUCGCUGGCUUACAUGCGUUCUUCCGUCUGUGGAGGACCACUGGUGCCGAAAUCAGAGAUUAUGACAAAACUGUUGAGCUCGUUCGGGUGCUCCUUGAAUCAAUCAUCGCGAAUGCGCCUCGCGCUAAGGAUGUGCAAGAGGUGGAAGAAGACAUAGUUAACUUCGAUUACGGGCGUCUGCGAGAGUUGCAGAUGGAACUGUUGGAGCUCACGUACGAAGACGUCUGGGGGGAACAUCUCCGGCAUAUGCGCGGAGAGCUAUACCACGAGGCCCUUCACUUUGUGAAGGAACAACGAAUAAGAUGCCUGCUUCGAGGCGAUUGGUUUCCUACCGAAAACACUCCUGAAUUGGAAGCAGCAUCAAAAAAGACUUCCUGGAGGUUUAUCCAGCUAUCGCAUAAUCGACGGUUUCUGCACUUCGGCGACUUCGAACAUAGGCAGAAAGAGAGUCCUCAACUAGACGUCCUCUCGGAGAAAAUUGAACUUUCAAUUGUUUCUUCCGUGGUCUCAAAUGUUUCUAAGUCGUCUGAUGACGCUUUCUCGCCCGUGAAGACUAAGUCUUGUCCUAAUAAUUCUAUGAAAAUAGCAAUCCAUGGCCACCCUGAGGCUGCCGCAAGGAUGAAGGGCGCGCAGGACGCUGGCCAUCAUCGACAAGUCAGCAAGUCCACGCAGGGGGAAUGUGUUUUACUGAACCUGCAUCCACAGUCCCUUAGCGUAGCCGCAGAAUGGCUUGACGGUUUACUGAUGCUACUUAACCAACAACCUAUUACUACGGAGACAAGUAAGCUGAUAGAUUUGAUCAGCGACUAUGGGCUCAAGAUUCGCCUGUUGAACGUCCGCUUUGACGACUUAGCGUUCGUUGGACAAUCCCCUACUGUCCCAUCGCGUGUUGGUCUCGAUAAUGAUUAUUAUUAUGACGUGUUCGGGGGGUCUUGAGGAUUUCAAUUCAUCCUUCAUACGUACCCUAUUGAUGGAUUUUGAUGUUGAUCCACCAACAGAGAUAUAAUGACAUCCUAGGUUUCUCUUCAGGCUUGUCUGGUCCGUGAGGGAGCAAUACAGUAACCUGGCAAAUACGUGGUUUCGUACAUAUUGCGCAGCCUAGCC